CAGGGGAACCCCGUUCUCCUUCUUCCUAUUUCAUCCAUCAACACACAUCUUUACUCCUCCUCUCUAUUCUCUAUUUCUAUCCAGCUUUUCAUCCAAUAGCACUUUAAGAACACCAUUCACCAUGUCUGACCCCUACAACCAGCACUACAACCAGGGCUACAACCAGGGCUACGGCCAGCCCCAGGGCUAUGGUCAACAGGGCGGUUACUCUCAGCAAGGCGGCUACCCUUCCCAGCAAGGCUACGGCCAGUCCCAGGGUUAUGACCAGUCCCAGGGCCAGUACGGCCACGAUGGUCAACAGCACGGCAGCCACGGCUACGGCCAGCAGCAGUACGAACAGCAGGGCCAGUACGGACACCAGCAACACCAGCAACACCAGUAUGGCCAGUCUGGCCAGUCUGAAUACGAUCAGCAGGGACCCGGUGGAGCUCAAGAGGGUGAGCGCGGAAUCGCUGGUGCCCUUGCCGGUGGCGCCGCCGGUGGGUUUGCGGGCCACAAGGCCGACCAUGGCAUCCUCGGGACGAUCGGUGGUGCGAUCAUGGGAAGCAUCGCUGAAGACGCCAUCAAGAAGCACAAGAACAAGGGCGAGAGUAGCCCUCCCGAUUACAGCAGCGGCUACGGCGGCCACGGCGGCCACAGCAGCUACGGUGGCUCCCAAGGCGGCUCCCACAGUGGCGGUGGUGGCAUGAUGGAUCAGCUGGGCGGUUUCUUCAAGAAAUAAAUGGGCUUCCUCAUAAUUCUCUCGGUCUAUUCUAUCUUUCGCCGCUGCUGUGUCUUUCCUUUCUUGUUUGUGAUGACUGCGAUACGAUUUUCCUUUCCUUUUUCAUAGAUGCUUUCUCUUGACUUCUUUGGCCGGCCGGGUCUUUGACAUUCCUUCUUGUUGUGAGAUUUCCUUUGCCACUGCGGCUGGCUACGAUAAUGCGGGAUACAAUCCUGGAUAGUUCGAGUCUCGUCAAAAUUCUGUUGUAUACCCGGCUUGUGGUUGUUCAAGUUUUGCAUCGUUCUAUCAAAAUUGAAUGGUUCUAUUCUUCCUCCGUUGCUCUAAUGAAUUCGCAUCAUAAGA